GAUUACAGUGAAUCAAAUGAAAAUGAUAAUGAAGGCAAUGAUGAUAACGAAAACUAUAAUGACGGUGAUAAAGGUAAAGAUAGUGAUGAAGGCGAUGAUGAUAGCGAAGAUUAUGAUUACAGUGAAUCAAAUGAAAAUGAUAAUGAAGGCAAUGAUGAUAACGAAAACUAUAAUGACGGUGAUAAAGGUAAAGAUAGUGAUGAAGGCGAUGAUGAUAGCAAAGAUUACGAUUACAGUGAAUCAAAUGAAAAUGAUAAUGAAGGCAAUGAUGAUAACGAAAACUAUAAUGACGGUGAUAAAGGUAAAGAUAGUGAUGAAGGCUAUGAUGAUAGCGAAGAUUACGAUUACAGUGAGUCGGAUGAAGAUGAUAAUGGAGGUAAUGACGAUAAUAAAAACCAUGAUGAGGGUGAUAAAGAUGAAGAUAGUGAUGAAAGCGACGAUAGUGAAGAUUAUGAUGAUGGUGACAAGAAUGAAGAUGGUGAUGAAGGCUGUAAUGAUAACAAAAACUUCAAUAACAGUGGUAAAGAUGAAAACUCUGAUAAAGGUGAUAAUGAUGGUGCACAAGACGAUUUCGUAACCAAAGGGGAAUUUGUUGAAACUGAUGGCCAAAAGAAACCAUGCAUUGAUCAUGGAAAUUGCUAUGAUCAACGUGAACCACAAGAUUGGUGCAUGCUAAAUGAGAAUCAAUCAUGGACCGAUAAAGGUUGCUUUUGCGAAGCAAAAUUGAAAGCAUGCGUUAUUGAACGAAAGAACGGUGGCAAAUUGGAAUUCGCAUAUUGUGCGCCCCGAGCAAAUUGGGAGUGUAAAUAUGGUUGA